AUGGAUAGAUGGUGGGUGAUGGGGUUGGGCGACGAUGAUAAAAAGGUUACUGAAGAGCAACUUGCAGCAUUAUUCAUUAAUUGUGGGCAGGUUGUGGAUUGUCGCGUUUGUGGGGAUCCUAAUUCUGUGCUUCGUUUUGCCUUCGUUGAAUUCACUGAUGAAGAAGGGGCAAGAAAUGCUUUGAGUUUGGCCGGAACUAUGUUGGGAUAUUAUCCAGUGAGAGUGCUGCCUUCGAAAACUGCAAUUGCACCUGUUAAUCCAACAUUCUUGCCAAGGUCUGAGGAUGAAAGGGAGAUUUGUGCCAGAACUAUCUAUUGUACAAACAUUGAUAAGAAGCUUACGCAAGUGGACGUCAAACUCUUCUUUGAAUCUAUUUGUGGAAAGGUUCACCGCUUGAAAUUGCUUGGUGACUAUCAGCAUUCGGCUCUUAUAGCUUUUGUAGAGUUUGUAAUGGUAAGAACAAUGGGCUUCUCAUUCAUUUAUGCUUGACUACAAUUAAAUUUA